CGUAGUAUAAACCAAGCAAUGACUGCUUGUGCGGUGAAACACUGAGUCGUCAUAAAGGAGGUUCUUGUCUAGCUACCUACUGCCUUUUUAGAUUGUUAUUAGUGUAAAGAACUUAAUUUGGACAUGAUUAUGUGUAGGUUUUUUAUAGUGGGAAUUAUGGUUUUGUCCGCUUCAGCUGCUAUGGUACGGAAUAACGAUACCAAGAACUUUGUACGGACGUUUUCGGCUUUUUUUGUUCCCGUCACAGACGAACCCAUAGAUUACCUGGACGUACAGGAAGGCAGCGGAUCUGGCUUUUACGCGCCCAAGAAGGAACACCACCCUCCUGUGGUUAGAAAACGAUACUACGUCUCAAAAGAGGCCUCACAGUUCCUCACGGGACGUUUGGUGACUGUUUUUGUACCCACGGUGUACACAUUUGUGUUUAUUAUUAGUGCUCCUUUAAACGCCUUUGCCCUUGUCAUGUUCAUUCGUCGGGUGAGACCAAAGAAGCCAGCAGCGAUAUAUAUGCUGAAUUUGGCUUGCGCAGACCUUCUUUUCGUGUUGCUUCUCCCUUUUCGGAUUGCCUACCACUACAAUGGAAAUAACUGGAUAUACGGAGCCGGAAUGUGUCGUGUUGUCACCUCAGCGUUCUACUGCAACAUGUACUGCUCAGUGCUACUGAUGAUGUGCAUAAGUCUGGACCGGUUCAUGGCUGUCGUCUAUCCAAUGGACUCACUUACCUGGCGUAGUGCUAGUACCGCUUCAGCGGUGUGCGCUGCAAUGUGGGUUCUUUCCGUUGGCGGUGUGAUUCCUUUGCUUGCUUCUGAACAAACAAUUCGCUUGCCCGACUUGGACAUAAUUACCUGCCACGACGUACUAGACAUAGAAUUCCGUGCCUAUUAUCUCUACUUUUUCCCCAUAUUCAGCUCCGUGUUCUUUUUUAUUCCCUUAAUUUUUACCACUUUCUGCUACGUGCGUAUUAUCCAGGCGCUUUGCGCAGCCAACGUGGAAAACCGCGCAAAGAAGACUCGCGCUGUUUUCAUGGCGGCCACGGUGUUCGCCGUGUUCGUGAUCUGUUUCACGCCUACCAACAUCAUCCUGCUAUCGCAUUACGUGCGGUUUGCCCACAAACACAACGAGGCGUCAUACGCCGCGUACUUGGUUUCAAUGUGCAUAGGCAGCAUUAGCUGCUGCCUGGAUCCUCUCAUAUACUACUUUGGCUCUUCCCAGUGCCAGAAGCAAGUGGUUGCUUAUUUGAAGUGUCGGACCGCACUGCAGGUCGAACGUUCAGAGUCGAGCAAUAGCACUAGGUCGAGCAAGCUGGAGACUUUCAAAAGCAACGUGAGCAGUCAGUACAGAAAGCUUAUGGCAUGAGCCCGUUACGUGGGAGUUCAACCAGCGAAGUUUACUGUAUCUAUCCUGUGUGAUGGGUAUGUUUUAUUGCACUUUUUUUCCUCAAUAAAAGUGCCUUUUACUCCCCGUAGUAAUUUUAUAUCUAACCUGGAAUGCCAGUGAUCUACUUGUUAGACCAGUGAUCACUGUAAAGAGAAGGCUUUGUGUUCUUUACUACAUCUAUAUAUUUUUUAACUACACCUGUCUUGUUAAAACGACAUAUCACAGCAUUCCUUUUAUUAUAAACUCAGGCAAUUCUUCUUACCCUAAAUGCCAUACAUACACACACCAGAUAUUACAUUUGUACAUGCUUGCACAUUGUACAUCUUAUACUUACUAUGCAUGCUACCAAACAGGGCCAGCAGGCUGGUCCAAGAAGUUACGUAAGCAAAUGUUUGUCCCAGAUAACACACAAUGAUUUUGCUACAGGUGUCUGUUAAUCCCUGUGUAUAUGUACUAUGUAAAAAUGUUUGUAUAAGGAAAUGUGUAAAUCAAAAUAAAAAAAUCAAAA